AUGACGCAGAACACAACGGCUGUUAUUGCUGUUGUUGCUUCAGUAUCGGCAGUGGUUGCUAUCUCAGGUGUCGUAUUGGGGCUAAUAUUCAGGCCCAAAAAGCCGAAAAAAACUCUUCUGGAUAAUGAUACGAAAAUUCCUUUGCGAGUAGUGGAUAGAAAUUUCAUCACUCACGAUACAAUCCGCCUAAAGCUAGGUCUCCCCACAGCUGACCAUGUUCUGGGAUUACCUGUUGGUAAUCAUGUAUAUUUCAGUGCAAAACUUGAUGGAAACAUUGUAGUUCGACCUUACACUCCGAUCACACUGGACACCCAAAAAGGAUAUGUUGACUUUGUUAUAAAAGUGUAUAAAGGAAACGUUAAUCCUAAAUUUCCCAAAGGCGGAGUUAUGUCACAAUAUUUGGCUAAUCUCCCUAUCAAUGGAUUUAUUGAUGUUCGUGGUCCAUCUGGAAAAUUGGAAUACAAAGGAUGUGGUUUAUUUCACAUAAAGCCGGAUCUACGUAGUUCACCUAACCCUGUAAAAGUGAAACAUGUCAAUAUGAUUUGUGGUGGGUCUGGUAUAACACCAAUGUUUCAGCUUUUAUCCUACAUACUUCAGUCUAAAGAUGAUACAACACAAAUAGCAAUGGUCUUUGCCAAUGUGACUGAAAAUGAUAUUAUACUACGUGAUGAAUUAGAAAAUUUCAAAGAUAAAUAUCCAAAUCAUUUUCGUCUUUGGUAUACAUUGAACGAAGCACCAGAACGUUGGGGAUACAGUACUGGUUAUGUGAAUGAACAAAUGUUACAAGAGCAUAUUUAUCCAGUGAAAGAUAAUGAUACAAUUACAUUAAUUUGUGGUCCAUCACCAUUUAUUGAAUUUGCUUGUCUUCCAUCACUAUCUAAAUUAGAUUAUCCUAAAAAUAUGAUUCAUGUCUUUUAA